CACAGCCUGCAGUUCUACCUGGAGCCCCCCACGGAAAACAUCUCCUUGGUGGAAUUCGAGAGCUUUGCCAUCGACCGCCUGAAGCUGCUCAAAGUAGUUGAAAACCUUGGUGUGAGCUAUUUAAGAGGUAGUGAUAUGUACAAAAGUAAGCUGGAGUCUGAGCUCCGGAAACUUAAGUUUCCCUNNNAGGCUUUGGCUGAAGAUGAUUAUGAGGCAAGAAGAAAAGACCAUAUAUCUCAUUUCAUACUACGCCUUGCUUACUGUCAGUCUGAGGAUCUCAGGCGUUGGUUUCUUCAACAAGAAAUGGAUCUCUUGCGGUAUCGCUUCAACCAACUGACCGAAAAUUUAAGGCAGAAAUUCCUGGAAUACGUUAAUUUAUCUUUUGAAGCUAUUAGUGAUGACCUGAAAAGUGAAUUGUCAAAUGAGCUGUAUACAUCAACCCCAGGCCUCAUUCUCCCUAAAGUAAAAGAAGUAAUGUUCUAUAAGGUUGGACUUGCAGAUGCUGUGGAUCUCUUCAGAGCCAGAAAAGUGUUUAUUAAAGAUGGCUUUGCUUAUGUGCCACUUAAGGACAUUGAUUCAAUUGUUUUGAGCAACUAUAGAACAAAGUUAUCUAAAGCACUGGCG